AUGGAUGAGCAAACAUGCGCUCACGAGUUGCCCCAAAGACAAGGUAAACAGCAGCAGCCUUCACACAGACACGAGGCGCGCUUUGCCGACAUCACGAUGAGUUACGCGAACACAGAAAGGGUAACAAGAGAAGCAAAGGCGAUGGAUGAUAUUGGGCGCCAACGGUACUCUGCUAUACCUCGACUACUACCUCUUGUAGGCACUCUACGUUACCUGUACUCUCGCUACCGGAUUCAGCAAGGAGCAGCUUCGUCAUCCUACAUCUUGGAUCAGACAUCUCGCACAACCAUCGCCCCCCCCCCAGAUACAGGAGAUCCCGGUCGCCGGGAACUUUACGAACACUCCGUGCAGCUACACUAG